AUGGCAACAGCAUUGCGAGUUUGGUUCGGCCUUUGCCUUUGUGCACUCAGCGUUUUGGGAACAGAACUCGUGGAUGAUGAGUGUGGUCCCGAUGAUGGAGCCUGUAGUCUGGAGCUUCACCAGCUCCGUGCCCAAAAGGAAGCGAAGGAAGUACUUCAGGCAGGUCAAUCGGAGAACAAGACUGCUGGCAAAUGCACAUCAGCAGAUGCGGAUGUCAUGAAGAAAUUGGGCGGCGGCAAUGCUGACGGCACCUUUCCAAAGAUCUUGUCCAAUUGUGGCAAGGGUGCGUACAGCUUCUGGAGUGGAUUCAAGCGUAGCAAGAUGCAAGACUGCAUCACGCAGCAGACAAAGCUCAGCUCGAGCUGCGCCAGCUGCUAUGCUAUGUCGGGCCAGUACAGUUACGACAACUGCAAGAUUCCUUGCCUCUUUGGGGCGUGGUGCUCUAGCAGCUGCCUGAAAUGCUCCCAGGGGAAUCAGGCCUCAGUGGACCAGUGUGCAGGCAUGCCGUCACCAACCGUGUCUCAGUGCUAG